CGCAAUUUAUUGAUCAUCACACACUCGUGACGUCUUUGCACCGCUGCGUGUGUCUCUCCACAAAGCACGUCACACAGCGAUGGCUUUGAAUCAGAUCCAAUUUCGGCCCGACUCGUGGGACAGGUCGGGCAUUAGGAAGCAUUUGAGUAUGUAGGAGCACCUUACGAGUCAGUGAAACAGGAUGCGAGAGGGGACGGAUCGAGACCUUGAGUUGGGGAAACCGGGAGGGGGGGGGAGAAGAGUAGUUGGAAGAGCGCAAGCUACGGCCGAACAAGCAAAAAAUUUUGAGACGCGUGAGCGGUAUGGGAAUGAUGAUGAUGAAGGACUCGAUGUAUUGGAGGCUCAAAGGCAGCGUUGCAGCCUGUGAGCCGGCUGAGAACUAUGAACAAGGAAAUGGCGAACGACAAUCGACCAGCGCAACGCAUGGCUCGUACUCUGCAGAAUGGGCCGGCCAUUUUACAAGGGUUGAUCAAGCCAGGGAUACCUCGCUUCGUUCAGCGCGUCGUGUUGCGUCCGCUCGAAGCCUGCGGCCUUGACGAAGCACCUAAACUUGCAAUGCGCGCAAAAGGGGAAGAGGUUGAAGUCAUAAAUGAAUGUAGUUUUCAGCUUGCGGACGUGUUGGAUGCCGUUGUUGAAUCAAGUGAUGCGUAUGCGUGUCGAUGUAACGGUUAUCGUGCUGGGGAGCCUCACUGCAGAAAAGCUCUAUGAAUCAGGAAUACAGGUCGAGGAGCUGAAGGCUAGGAAUUGACGCGUGGCACGGCAAGGUGGCGGGCCUGCGUUGCGCGUCCUCUGAAGAUAUGCGCGGCGCGUAUGGAUGCACGGUGCACGGUGAAUC